GGGAAAUGAGGGGGAAAACAGCUCCAAUUACGUCCAUUCGCUGGCCUCUAUAGAAGAUGAAGAAGGAGAAGCGGAUGUGUUCUGAGAGUGAGACAUAUGAGGUUUCGACUGCAAAAGCCCCCGAUUGCGUGUGAAGGCAACGCGUGCUGGCGGAAAGCACGCUUUUGUCCCGUACAAGGUCAAAGCGUCUCUCUACAGCUGAGUCAAACACGAGCGCGGUCCAACCAACACCACCAUUCUCGCUUUCCAUCUCUGUCCCCCAUUUUCGCUCUCCCUCUUUUCUUCUUCCUCUUCUUCUUUUUGUCGUGUCCUGUCCUUGCGUACGGUUGUCCGCUUCAGUGCUCUACGCACACCGCAAAACGCAGCGCAUCAUUACGCAACUGGGAGAGAUCAGAGAUCCAAAAAGGAGCCCAGAGAACCAAAAAAGGAAAUCGGGCCGGCAUCAGCUCGGUCUCUUGCGAAAGUGUAAAAAAAGGAAAAAAGAAAGGAAAUCAGGGGUCCGUCCCUCUGCGCCAACCGUACUACUACAAGUACUACUACAACUACUACUACUGCAGCACUUGGCCUCCUGCCAUUCCUGCACCGCCACGGCUUCGACAUAAUCGAGAGCUCGUUUGUACCUGGCGAGGAGGACCCCCACAUUUCGACAGAGAGGAUCCCUGUUGUGCGAAGAAGGAGGGAGGAAGGGUGCACUUGGGUCUCCGACUUCGCACACGCUACGGCUGCUGCUGCUGCCGUCCACUGCCUCGACGCGCGCUGCACGCCCGCGGACGACAGACGUCAACAACACGCGCGCGCACGCGCACGCUCAAGCACAUCAGCAGCCAGACCUGGCAGCGCGGACAGCACUCCAGCACCGCCGAACGGUGCGAUUGUUCCUGCAGGACCGACAAAUCUUUCUGUCGGCGACAAGAAAGCAUACCCCGCGUACGCUGGCCUCACAGAGCAACCAAGGGCCUUCGAUUGCGGACAACGCUUUCCUUCUGCUCUCCAUCGCAGACUCGGUCUCUGAAAGUUGACCAAGAAGCAGAAGCGACCUUGCGAUGGUGAGUCUCUCCGGAGCGCACGCGUAUCUCUCUUUUCUUUUGCUGUGAUGCUUGCUCCUCGCACGCAUCCUCCGUGCUGCUGUCGAAAUCGCGCUCGCGAAGUGUCCCUCCUACCCUUCCCUGCAAGGGUUGCGGAUCGGGCGCAUUCACGAAGUUGCUGCCCAGGAAGGGGCCCGUGGACCGACGCGCUUUGAUCGCCUUGCACGUUGAACUUGGACGUAAGCCGGGUGACCCCCCCCCCCCUGAAAUCGUUUGCUCUUGGGGCUUUCCCUACACCUGCUUUCUCUCGGCCUUUCCCCUCUUUCUUCCUCUUUCUCAAUCAUCAUCCCUCCAUGUUGAAUGCGAGGCUAACUCUCGC